CUUUCCGCGGUACAUUGGCGACGAUGAGUGCAAUUAUCCGUGAUGGCGACUUGCCGGAUACAAAUACCCGCCCCUGCCAGCACAACACGCAAGCUCACUCCUCCUUUCUCUCUCUUUUCUCACUCUCACUCUCUCUCUCUCGUGAGCAAAGUUGCAAAGCUCAAAGCUUCAAGCACAAAGGGUACCUCUUGUAUAGAAGUUGUAGUCGUCCAAGAUGGCUGUUUUCCGGCAUUCCAUCGUCUCGAUCUUCCGGCAGCCGCAUGGAGCAGCAGCGUCGUUUGAUUCUUCCCAGCAGCAAAGCGGGAACCUUACCGCCGUGCCUCACUACGGGAGUCCUGUGAGAUUCAACCCGAUGAUAGGAUUCGGACUCGCGGCUCUCUUCACGGCCUUCUUCUUCAUGGGAUCCCUGUGCGUCUAUGUCAAGCGGAGCUGCUCCAUCGCUCGCAGGCGCCGUGCUCACGCUGCGACGAUCGCCCUGCCACCGUUCUCGGAACUUUCAGCUUUCGCGACGCCGAUUCAGCCGGGACUCGACAAAGAGACGAUCGAAUCGCUGCCGGUGUUUCCGUUCACGUCGGAGAAGUGCUCCAAGUAUGGUAAGGUCGCCACCGAGUGCUCGGUCUGCCUCACGGAUUUCCAAGAGGACGAAGUUGUCAAGAUCCUCCCCGGUUGCUCGCACUUCUUCCACACCGACUGCAUCGAUAUGUGGCUCUUUUCUCACUCCACCUGUCCGCUUUGUCGAUGCAUCUUAGUUCCCGUCAGGUGUUGCUCCGACCACCCCGAAAGUCCGAACUCCAUCUCUCAGCCCCCGGCUGAAGUCUCCAUUGCCAUCAACGACGAGCAAACUCGAUCGGAGGAACUCGAGAGCCAGUCUUUGUUGGAUUCCUCGGAGCAACGAGACCAGUUUUCAUUGGACUCCUCGGAGCAACGGUCCAAGACGCCAAAAGUUUCUGCAAGGGACAGGUUUCUCCAAUCUUUGCAUCGAAGCAACAGUAGCCCACCGAUACAGUCGUUCUUUCCAGAACAAGAGCAUGGUGAUAAUGGCCGCCGCGAAAAUGCCGUGAAUGAAUCUUUGAGUCGUCCCCAUAGCUUGAGGAGGGCCGUUUCCAGCGAUAUCUAUCAAUCUGUGUAAAUUUGUGUAUGGAAAUACUUAGCAAAGAUUGUAAAUUCUUGAAGUGCGAGGGAGAGAUACUCACAGGAUUUUAAUAUGUUUCGUCUGGAUUGAUCAAGGAAUCGUGUUCGUACACCAUUCCUGAUAAUUGGAUACCUGAUUCAUGCCCGA